UUACUGCUUCCUCCCAUGACAUCACUGUUUUUCCAGCCAUACCACUCAGGGAAGGAUGCUCUCCAAAUCUGGGAGGCUAGUCUAAACGAUGUUGCAUUGCAGGGACUACUAAUAUGGUGAAUGCUGGGGAAAUGAAUGGUUCUGGCAACCUGAUGGAUUUCCUGGAUGAGCCCUUUCCUGAUGUUGGGACAUAUGAGGACUUCCACACCAUCGACUGGCUAAGGGAGAAGUCCCGGGACACAGACAGACAUAGGAAGAUUACCAGCAAAAGCAAGGAGUCCAUAUGGGAAUUUAUCAAAAGCUUGCUUGAUGCCUGGUCAGGAUGGCUGGUAAUGCUCCUUAUUGGACUACUGGCAGGCACUUUGGCGGGAGUUAUAGAUUUAGCUGUGGACUGGAUGACAGACCUGAAAGAAGGCGUCUGUUUAUCUGCCUUCUGGUACAGUCACGAGCAGUGUUGCUGGACAUCCAAUGAGACCACUUUUGACGACAGGGACAAAUGUCCCCAGUGGCAGAAAUGGUCAGAGCUUUUGGUGAAUCAGUCGGAGGGUGCGAGCGCUUACAUUCUGAACUACUUUCUGUACAUUUUGUGGGCCUUAUCUUUUGCGUUUCUGGCUGUCUCCCUCGUCCGAGUGUUUGCGCCUUAUGCCUGCGGUUCUGGUAUUCCAGAGAUAAAGACCAUCCUAAGUGGCUUUAUUAUAAGGGGCUACUUAGGGAAGUGGACUCUAUUAAUCAAAACGGUCACUCUGGUGCUAGUGGUGUCUUCCGGCCUCAGCCUCGGGAAGGAGGGGCCCCUGGUCCACGUGGCCUGUUGCUGUGGGAACUUUUUCAGCAGCCUAUUCUCCAAGUACAGCAAGAACGAGGGAAAGAGGAGAGAGGUACUUUCAGCUGCAGCGGCUGCGGGGGUCUCUGUCGCUUUUGGUGCGCCGAUUGGGGGGGUUCUCUUCAGCUUGGAAGAGGUCAGUUACUACUUCCCCCUGAAGACCCUCUGGAGGUCAUUUUUCGCCGCCCUGGUCGCCGCCUUUACCCUAAGAUCCAUCAAUCCCUUCGGGAACAGCCGCCUGGUCCUCUUCUACGUGGAAUACCACACCCCCUGGUACAUGGCGGAGCUCUUCCCCUUCAUCCUGCUCGGGGUCUUUGGGGGCCUGUGGGGGACGCUAUUCAUCCGCUGUAACAUCGCCUGGUGUAGGCGGCGCAAGACCACCCGCCUGGGCAAGUAUCCGGUGCUCGAGGUCAUCGUGGUGACGGCCAUCACGGCCCUUGUCGCCUACCCCAACCCCUACACCCGGCAGAGCACGAGCGAGCUCAUCUCCGAGCUCUUCAACGACUGCGGGGCCCUGGAGUCCUCUCAGCUCUGCGACUACAUCACCGACCCCAACAUGACCCGGCCCGUCGACGACAUCCCGGACCGACCGGCCGGGGUCGGCGUUUACACGGCCAUGUGGCAGCUGGCUCUGGCUCUCGUUUUCAAAAUCGUCAUCACCAUAUUUACUUUCGGCAUGAAGAUUCCCUCGGGCCUGUUCAUUCCCAGCAUGGCGGUAGGCGCCAUGGCUGGAAGGAUGGUGGGGAUCGCCGUGGAGCAGCUGGCCUACCACCACCACGACUGGAUCAUCUUCAGGAACUGGUGUAGACCGGGGGCCGAUUGCGUCACUCCAGGACUUUAUGCAAUGGUGGGAGCUGCGGCCUGCCUAGGUGGAGUGACCAGAAUGACCGUCUCCCUGGUGGUGAUCAUGUUCGAGCUGACUGGCGGUCUGGAGUACAUCGUCCCCCUCAUGGCGGCCGCCGUGACCAGCAAAUGGGUCGCCGAUGCGUUUGGCAAGGAAGGCAUCUACGAGGCCCACAUCCACCUGAAUGGGUACCCGUUCCUGGAUGUGAAGGAUGAGUUCACCCACAGGACUCUGGCGACGGAUGUCAUGAGGCCAAGGCGAGGGGAACCUCCGCUGUCCGUCCUGACUCAGGAUGGCAUGACGGUCGAGGACGUGGAGACGCUCAUCAAGGAGACGGAUUACAACGGCUUUCCCGUGGUCGUUUCCAAAGAUUCCGAGCGCCUCAUUGGCUUCGCUCAGAGGAGGGAACUGAUUCUUGCCAUAAAGAAUGCCAGGCAGCGACAGGAUGGCAUCGUGAGCAAUUCCAUCAUGUAUUUCACAGAAGACCCCCCCGAGCUGGCCGCCAACAGCCCCCACCCUCUGAAGCUGCGCCGCAUCCUCAACCUGAGCCCCUUCACCGUCACGGAUCACACCCCCAUGGAAACGGUGGUGGACAUCUUUCGGAAGCUAGGGCUGCGCCAGUGUCUGGUGACACGCAGUGGGAGACUGUUGGGCAUCAUCACAAAAAAGGACGUGCUAAGACAUAUGGCUCAAAUGGCCAACCAGGACCCGGAAUCCAUCAUGUUCAAUUAGGCAAACUCCCGCUUGCCGAAGCGACGGAAUUUACUUUGGAGAAAAUCUCUUUUAGACAAACACCGCAGCUGUGUCAUUUUUUAAAGGAUCCAACCACAAAAGAAAAACCAUGACACAGCGAAGGGGUAGGCACUGGGAGAAACCCGAAACAAAAUUCCAGCUGACAGGCAAGGGUGAAGGAUCUGACUUUUAUUACAUCUCUGGCAAGGCUAUCUUAGGAACUGGAACUCACAAAGUUCCAAGCUGAGUUUCCCUAAAGAUUGCACUCACAGCUCAGCUGCACUUCGGAGAGAUGUAAACAACAUGGACUGGAGAUGGAAGAGGAGAGGAAGAAACACACCACCACCACACCAACCUAGAGAACGAUAACUCAGGCAGGGUGUGAAGAGCAAGCCAGUAUUUAUAAGCUUAAAAACUAAUGGAAAGCUCUGAAUGCAAAAGCAUAUAGGGAUACCUUGAGUAAACAUGUUAAUUUAUUUGUAACUGAAGUUAGGUUUUUUGGGCUACUGAACCAUUCUGAGUAUACUAGUCACUUAUUUCUCUUUGAGUAAAACACAAAACAAAACAAAUGAAUGAAGUUGAACCGGUAAGUAUGCCAAUCAAGUCACCUGUGAAAAUCUUAUACCUUACUCCCUGAACCCUGAAAUCCACUAAUUUGAGCUAUCCAAUGAAAUAUCUGAAUAAUUCCUGCAGUCAUGUAUGUGUGCUAAAAUCAGUUGCCCGUUUAUUAAAAUGAACCGUUUCUCUAUAUAGAGAUCGCAUAUUGGAUCUUCA